UUUCAGCCUGUUUAAAACAGGAUUUUAAAGUAGUGAAAGUAAAAUCACAUUGGUUUGACAAACAGAACUUUACAGACAAAGGCUCUGGAAAUAGGCGAACAGGCUGAAAGGCCGCCUAAAAACCUUUUCUAGGGUACUUUUCUAGGCCUUUGAAUCUAAAAAACCCAGAAAUAUGAAGAGGUCGUGGUUGAGUUGUUUUGAUCCAAGUAUCAACCGUUCUGGUGCUACUGACAAUGUUUGGUCCUGGUGUGUUUGUUUCGCUGCUACCUUGUGCAACGCUUUGCAUUUUGGCGUUUCGCUCAGUUUUGGAGUAUUAUUGCCGUAUCUUUUGGAACACUUCAACGCAAGUUUAGAAAGGACUGCAUUAGUCGGCUCUCUUGCUAUCGCCAUGACUUUUACAGCCACUCUGCUGGCCGGUCGUCUUAUAGACCGCUACGGCCGGCGGAUCGUGUCCUUUGCGGGGGGUCUGACAUGCGCCUUAGGGCUCACCUUGACGUCGUUCGCGCAUAGCAUAAACAUGCUCUACUGCUACUAUAGCCUAACUUUCGGGCUGGGUUGUAGCCUCCUUUUUACAUCAGCUUAUCUAGUAAUUCCUAAACAUUUUAACACUAGGCGCGCGCUGGCUAUCGGGAUUGUUUCUUCUGGAGGGGGGCUUGGAUUUCUCGCCCUAGGACCUCUCCUUCAGUAUCUCUUGGCUACCUUCGACUGGAAGAACACUUGUCGAAUCAUGGCGGCAACUUUUCUGCUGUCCUGUGCGUUAUCCAUUGUCUACGACUCGAAAAAAUCAGACGAGUGUCUUUCGGAAAGAAUACAGCCACAGAAUGUCGAACCGAAAGACACGCUUGAGAAAAAGCAAGAAGAGGCUGGUUGUGUUUUUCCGAGAAAUCGAAGUGUGAGAAUAGCUAACAAAGCCUGGGUAAUAAAGGCUCCUUCUCAGAGACUACUUGAUUGGUCAGUGUGGAAGUAUCCGGCCUUUUCCGUGCACACACUGUCACUGACGUUAGCAUGUGUCGGACACUACAUUCCACAAAUAUUUAUGGUUAAGUAUUGCGAAAGCCUGGGAAUCUCUUCUGCCGCCGCCUCAAGACUCCUUAUCUACAUUGGCCUUGCUACCAUGACGACGCGUGUUCUUGUAGGUGAGGUGUGCGAUCUACGAUGGCUUUCCGCCUCCGCCAUGAGCCAGGUCGCUAAAACGCUAAGUGGCGCAAUGGCGAUUGCAGUUGCGUUUGCGGUAACGUAUGGACAGUUUGUAGUUGUUAGCGUUUUGUAUGGGCUGGCGGAUGGUGCAAUGGCGACGACACUUAACUUUCUGUUGAUGAGCACUGUGCCUACUUCAAAGAUGAGUUCUGCGUUUGGCUUCGGCAGCAUCGCGACGUCAGUAGCAGUAGCAGCAGGUCCACCGCUAUCAGGUUUCCUAACUGAAAUCUCCAGAUCAAGCCGGCUUUCAUUUAUCGUCGCAGGGGGGAUAAUCAUCUUCUCUGCCUUGAUACCGCUGACUCUGUACUGCUUUCCGUCAACCCGUGGUACAAAAAGUGACGGGAAGCGCGUCCUUGUUGCCAUGGAAGAAGAGAAGGCUGAAUCUCUAGUGUAGACUAGGAUUCAAGGGAGGACGGAUCAUUAGUCCGCAUCAAACAAUCACCUGUUAGGUCGAGGAGCACCAAGUGGUGUCAGAUCUUUUAUUCGCUCUAAAAAGUCUAUCCUAAAAAGCCGUCUGUUUUUCACACUAACAGCUAGAUUAAAUGAAGUGGAACAGCAUUUUCCCGUGGUGCCCUGCCACGUCGAUUUUACUUUGUCGGAGAUGUUUUUGUGCAAUACUAAAUGUUAUUUAAAGAAGAGGGCGUUUAAAUUUGAUUUUAAAGUUUAUGCUGCAAUAGACAUGACAAAGAAAGCGGAACAAAAAAUGGAUACAGUAUGUUAACGUGGAAAGUUUUAGCUUGACGCAACAAUAAGCCCCCGUGGUCAUCAAUGCCUUCUAGUUCACUAGCAAAGGUUGUCUACCUGGGCGCUCAAUACCAUUAUAUGGAAGGGCUGUGGAAUAAAUUGCCAACUUUUGC